AUGGCGUCUCCGUCCAAGCAUAGAAUGAAGAGGCAAUCAUGGUAUAUUCGGCUUAUGCACAAGAGAUUGCCUAUAACGAAAUGGCUGCCUGAAUAUAAUUCCCAGAAAGCCCUGGCUGACAUUAUUGCCGGUAUUACAGUGGGACUAACAGUAAUUCCACAGGCUCUAGCUUAUGCGACGCUGGCUGGAUUACCACCUCAGUAUGGCCUCUAUUCAUCGUUUGUGGGUUGCUUCAUGUAUAUUGUGUUCGGUUCCUGCAAAGAUAUAACCCUGGGACCAACUGCAUUACUUGCUCUAAUGACGUAUGAACAGAUACAAGGUCGCAACUUCGAUUAUGCCGUCCUACUGUGCUUCCUUACUGGCAUUGUACAACUCAUCAUGGGAUUAUUACAUCUAGGUGUUUUAAUAGAUUUCAUCUCUGUGCCCGUAACGGUUGGUUUCACAUCGGCGACUUCAGUAAUAAUAGCCGUGUCACAACUCAAGGGCUUGUUAGGUCUACAGUUCAAGUCCAGAGGAUUCAUAGAUACGGUUAAGAAGGUGAUUGUGAACAUUCCAAACGCGAAACUAGCUGACAGCCUUCUGGGGCUGACUUGUAUAGUCAUACUACUUUUAAUGAGAAAAAUCAAGGAUCUAGACUUGCCUCCUCAUAGAAGAGGCCUCAAAAGAGCCGUAUGGCUGUUCUCUACGUCGAGGAAUGCGAUAGUCGUCCUAGUCUGCUCGAUAAUGGCAUUUAUAUGGGAAAAGAAUUCAGAAUCACCAUUCAAACUCACCGGCACUGUUAAAGAAGGUCUACCGCCACUCAGUCUACCCCCAUUUGGCACAGUGGUGGAUGGGAAGAAUGUGACCUUGCUGGAGAUGUGUGCGGAUCUGGGCUCAUCCAUUGUUCUCGUUCCCAUCAUUGGAGUGCUGGGGAAUGUCGCUAUCGCUAAAGCUUUUGCAAGCGGUGAAUCGGUCGACGCGACGCAGGAGUUGAUAACGCUCUCGUUCGCGAACAUUCUCGGAUCGUUCCUUAGUGCGAUGCCGAUCACUGGAUCAUUCUCCCGUAGCGCUGUCAACCACGCCAGUGGAGUCGCUACACAAUUUGGAAGUCUUUACACAGGUAUAUUGGUGCUACUAGCUCUAAGUCUUCUAACUCCAUACUUCUAUUUCAUUCCAAAGGCGUCGCUGGCUGCCGUCAUCAUUUGCGCUGUGAUAUUUAUGAUUGAGUAUGAGGUAGUGAAGCCAAUGUGGCGUUCGCGUCGAGCGGACUUGGUGCCCGCGUUUGCGACGUUCGCACUUUGCCUUGUAGUGGGUGUGGAGUUGGGGAUCGUAGCUGGGGUUCUACUCAAUGUGAUACUGCUCCUCUACCCCAGUGCCAGGCCGCAGUUGGAAGCUGAAAUCGUUACGAAUCACUACGGCCUGAAUUACCUGCUAAUAACGGUCGGUAACAGCCUCUACUUCCCAGGCGUGGAGUACAUUCGUCAGUAUGUAACGAGAGCUGCGAGCAAACAGUCCGGGAACGUGCCCGUUGUUAUCGACUGCAGAUACGUAUUGGGGGCUGACUUCACAGCUGCCAAAGGGCUGUGUGCGUUAUCAAACUCGCUAUCUGCCCGUGGCCAGCCAUUGCUGCUACUUUCGCCUCGAGCCAGUGUCGCCUCAGUGUUUAGUGGGGCGGGGUCUAGCGUGCUCGUAGUACUUAACGCUAACGAACUGGAUGUUACACUACAAGAAAUAACAGGGCAAAUUGCCCUUUCCGUAAACCCAGAUGAGCCAAAACGUCCAUACACGUCAUUAAAGCAAGAUGAAUCACUAGAAGUCAUCGUAGCUGAGGAAAACGCAUCGCCAUUACUGACCACAGUACAUAGAAAGAAAAUCAGUGAGGUAGACGAUACAUAA